AUGACAACCGACUUCACAGAGAAGAACCGUCAGGCAUUCGACAAGAAAGCAGCCACCUACAAGUCUGGCUUUGAAAAGGUGGUGGAAACGCUGGUCAACGUCGUUCAGGAACAGCGUAGCUGGGUUAGCGACACAUGGGUCGACACCGAGGCAGGGAAGGGAAAAGAAAUCAAGGCACUAGAGUAUGCUUGCGGUCCGGGUUAUAUAUCUUUGGCAUUGGCGCCGUUUGUAAACCGCGUCGUUGGCAUGGACAUCUCAGAUAAUAUGCUUGAAGAGUUCAAGAAGCAUGUCCGAGAAGCAGGCCGCUCGGAAACUAUGAUUGGGGUCAAGGCUGAUCUCGUUUCUGAGUCGUCACCAGCUGAAGUCUCAGGACCCGAGUACUUCAAUUUCGAUCUGGUGUUUGUCAGUAUGGCCCUUCAUCACUUCGAAUUUCCCGAGAAAGCCAUGAUCAAUCUUGGCAAGAGACUGAAGAAGGGUGGAGUGAUGAUGAUUAUCGAUAUGAUUCCCGAAGAUCAUCAUGGUCAUGAGCAUGAACACGCCCGACACCAAAUGGGCGAUAUGGUCGACACAAUCUCGAAGCAUGGGUUCAGCCUGGAGGAGAUGCGGACGAUGUACGAAAACGCUGGAGUGGGAAUUGGCUUCGAAUAUAAAGUUCUAGAGAGUCCCCUGGUGUUCACCAAAGACGGGAAGACGUUUGAGAAGACCAUUUUCAUCGCUCGAGGGCAGAAGUGA